UAAUGGGCCCGCGGCACCUGGUUUGGAGCGAAGAAAGGCAGCUUUCCUAAAACCCGCCUUCUGCACUUCGCCCUUCGGUUCUUCUUGACGAAGUCCUUUUGCCACAGGCGAGGAAAGCUGUUGCCUUCGAAUAGAAAGCUUCGCGACAGUGGGGGAGAAACAAGUAAACAGCAAUGAGCUCACUAGCUUCGAGAUUCUCUAGCUUGUUACGGGUCUGUCGUACCAGCUCCCUCGUUUCUUCUUCAGGGGAUUGUGCUCAGAAAAGCUUGAGGGCGUGGUGCUCCACCCUAUCGUUCGAUGAUGUAAAUGAUAACAAUGAGGCGAAGGCUGAGGAAGUGGAAGCCGACUUUGAUGACUUCAUUGGUGAAAAGCUGCCUGAUAUGCAACUCCAAGGUGUGGACCCUGGUAAAGGCUGGGCAUUCCGUGGUGUACAUAAGGCCAUAAUCUGUGGGAAAGUGGGGCAAACUCCUCUGCAGAAGAUCUUGAGAAAUGGUCAGACUGUAACAAUCUUCACCGUUGGAACUGGUGGGAUGUUUGACCAGAGACUGUUAGGUGCCAAAGACCUUCCAAAGCCGGUGCAAUGGCAUCGAAUCGCUGUGCACAAUAAUGUUCUUGAGGCUUAUGCAGUUCAACAACUCGCCAAAAACUCUAGCGUUUUUGUCGAGGGAGACAUUGAAACUAGAAUUUACAAUGACAGCAUCAGUGGAGAAAUAAAAAACAUACCAGAAAUAUGUGUUCGUCGUGAUGGUAGAAUUCGUCUCAUAAAAGGAGGAGAAAACAAGAGGAACUUCGAUCUUUCCUUUGCGGAUCUUCGAGAAGGAUUGUUUAGCUGAUUGUUCCACUUUCUUAUUCCGGGUGAUAGUCAAACUAACACAAGGAACAAUGACAGAUCUAGCUAACUUUGCUUGAUUCACUAAGAUGGCAAUAUCAUCUACAGUUCUACACCAACUGUGAUCCUGAUAAUGGUGAAGCUGUAAUUCUACCUUCACUCAGUGUUCUACAGUAUGCAAGACCUAAUCUCCAGUAACUUUAAAGUCGGCACUGGUUCUGGUUUUCCAUUUAUUAUGCAAUAAUCUUCUAACUUGAUUUAUUCAUCAACUUUUGCUCUGUGUCAAAUGUUUCGGUCUAAUUGGUCUAUACCAUCCAAUCCAGAUAUUAGGGUUCUUAUUCUGGAGCCAAGUGGCUAUAUGCAGAUGUUAGAGAUGUGGGGAUUUGUCGUUAAGCUUUCUGAAGGCUUUUAUUUUAUUUUUUAUCAGCAAAUGAAAGAUUGGCAAAUUGCAGGAAUCUCUCUCGCAUUCAAUGGCA